UUUAUGAUGACCUGGUUGUGCCUCUCAAAAAAUCAUGUCCUGAAGCUUUAAAUGCUCCAAACAGAGCUGGAGUCACACCUCAAGACCUGCUGAACUGGCUGAAACAUACAAAGACUGCAGACAUGAGCUGUCCACCUAAGGUAGACCCUGAGAAGGAGUGGAUGGAGAAGCUGUUUGAUGAAUGCGAAGAUGAAUUUUUCGAGACCUUUGGAGCAUAUGAUGCUGAUAAUCAUCUACCAGUUGAUGAUGACGAGGAAGACUUUGGGGACUGGGCUGAUCGUAUCAGAAGAGAAUACUUUGAUAAAAAACAUGCUGAAGCUCAAAGACUCGCAAGGUCAUCUUCUAGUUGGAAAAAAGGGAGCAGAAAACAAAAGGGAGAAGAAGAGGAAAGCCAUGAAAAGUUGCACCAAAGGCUGCAGAAGGAACACGAGGAGUACCUGGCUCGAGCUGCACGUAAAGAGGAAGAGACUCGACAGGGAAAGAAGCGUCGGUAUGAGGAGAGGUGUGCCUCUACGUUUAACAGCGCUUCUGCAUCCGGCAUCACAACACUGAGCUACAGUGACAUCCCCUGGCCAGCUUCAAGAGGGACAGUCCAGGAGAUGGUGGACGUGAUGCUGCACGGUGUGGACCGAAAGGAUGUGGCAGCCUUUCGUAAAGCUCUGCGGAAGCAACAAACUCUGUGGCAUCCAGAUAAAUUUGCUCAGCGAUGUGAAGCCCGGUUAGACGAAAAGGACAAACGGCGGAUUCUGGAUACAGUGACAGCUCUGUCACAGGAGCUCAACAGGCUGGCUCAGAGUCUGAGGACUUAGAAAGGAGCACAAAUUGUACAUUUCAUGUGCUCCAUUGAAAAGACUCAUAAAAUCCAGCACAAAAUUGAUUACUCUUGUCCUAUUUAUUGACUACUUAGAGUUUGGACAAAUUUAUACUGAUGUUCCUGGAAGGGUUUUAAAGGAGAGAAAAAAACACUGAGAUGAGGGUGAAAACUGCAUUACUUUGCAUACAAAUUAAAUGGAAUGAGCUGAAUGCAAACAAAACUACACAGAGCUGUAUGUGUUGUCAAAUAAAUUAGCUUCAGUGGACAGGACACGUAGUCAGAAUGAAUGGUUGCUUAAAUCCUACAUAAACCAAAAGAUAGCACUCAUGUUCAGCUACAUAUUCAUCAAAGCUCAUUGACAUUUUUCUUCGUGUUCUGAUGUUUUUGGUUGAACAAAGUGCUUCAAAUAUUUAUUUCAUCAUCUGAAUGCUAAAUGAAAGUAUUUUGUAUAUGCAAACUACAUAAAAAUGGUUAUCCUGGACUAUAUAAAAUGCUGCACUUUGAGUUUUCUGAUUUAUUGAAUGCCUUUCUAAAAUGUGGGUCUGCACUUAAUGCACACAGCACUGGUUGAAUUAGCUGAAAACCACUUGGAAGCUGGAGUCACACUGGCUAUAGUCUGUAGGUAAACAACUAAUAUAAGUUAAACUUUUGACCUAUUUCCAGUCACUUAAGCUUUAACAAAACGCAAAUGGUAGUUGGCACUUGGACACAAAAUUUUGAAUACAAACUUAUUUUAAGAGCAGCUAACUCAGUGAUGUUACAAAAUAUAUUGUGUGGAUUUCCUUUGUGGGGUGGGUUGUCCAGUUUUCAUGGAAUUGCAAUGAUUACCUUUAAAAAUAAAAUCCUG